UCGCGCAAACAACGCAGCCAGGCAGGGCAGACGCGGAAGCAAAACCCAAGAUCCAAGCAAGAUCCCGCUUCACGCCUUGCCGCAUCACACUUCCCACAUUCCGAGCCAAGAGCGCAACCACAACAGGAUCCUCGGCCAGUCCUUCUUCAUUAUUAUCCUCUUCUGUCAGUUGCUUGCUACCUUCUACCAGACGAAUCGAAUCUAAAGAUGGCGGACGACGACAAGUUUGCCUUCAAGGAUCCCGCGAGUCUUAUCGUGAAGGAGGAGAAGAAGGAAUGGCGAGCUCAGGCGUUCCAAGGGGUGUCGCCGUUCGAUUUUGCCAUGAAACAAAAGCUGGAAAAGAAGGAGAGGGCGGAGAGAGAGCGAAAGGCUAAGGCGGACAUCUGGAACUACAAGAGUGCGGAUCAAGGUCUCGAGGCGGCGCAACGCAAGGAACAGUUUGAGCGUGAAAAGGCGGAAAAGGAAACCCGAAAGGAAACCAAGACAAAUUUGAAGGAUGUCCAGGCAUCCCAAACCAAGGAAGAACUCGAGCGAGAGGCUCAGUUCAAGCGUGAACAAGACGAGAAAGCUACUCGAACAACCACCAAAGCGAACAUGAAGGAUGUCUUUGUCGCUGAAACUGCCGAGACUAUUUCUCGUAAGGAACAAUUUGACCGUGAAGUUAGCAGCAAACAGGAAGCUCGGGAUACCAUCAACAAGCUCAAGGAUGUUACCAUCACCGAGACGACGGAAGGCAUGAUCAGGAAGGAACAAUUCGACCGAGACCAGAAUUCCAAGGCAGUUUCGCGAAACCAAAAGAACGAAAACGCCAACUUCGAUAUGGCCAAGUCUCUUUUCGGAAGCGGUGGCGGUGUCCCAUCGGAUGACGAAGAAGAGGAAUAAGUCAAGUUAUCUCCCCCAUUUGCUACCGGUAGAACGGGUACUAGCAGGUUCAUGGAAACCAAGGCAAUAAAUUUGGUCGCUGUCUUUUGCUGCGUUGCUCGGUAAUGGAAGUUAAAAUCUGAAUAGUAGGAACCAUACUGGAAAUUUGUUC